AUGUCUUCUUCGGACUCUUUUGAUGCCAACUCUGGCAGCAUUCUUGUGGUGCUUUCAACCUUGUAUAAGAAUUAUCAAACACGAACCCCACAACGAGUUAAAUUAAUUGAUCAAUUUAUUAUUCUAUCUGUUCUUGUUGCCGUUGUUCAAUUUGUUUAUUGUCAAUUAGUAGGAACAUUUCCUUUCAAUGCCAUGCUUGCUGGAUUCUUUACAUGUAUUUGUUCAAUGGUUUUUGGAGUGAGUUUGAGAAAACAAUUAAAUCCCGAUACUUCAAAGGAAUUUAGAUCAAUAGUUGUAGAGAAGAGUAUUGCUGAUUUUGUCAUUAUUUCUGUUUUGUUAUUCUUUGUGGCUGUGAGUUAUUUGGGAUAG